AUAAGAAGAAAAAUAAUCCCAGGAUAAGCAACGUUUCGCAGCGGCUGAACGGCCGGCGCUCGGAGGGUGUGAAAAAUUUUCGGUCAAUAAACGCCGCCGAAGGGGGUCACGGGGCGCACGUAAACGUGCAUAAAUAAAAUAUGUACGCAGGCAGCGGUGCCGAGACGGGUAAACGGGAGAUGACAAUCGCGACCGAAUGACAUCUAGACAGGGUGGGGGCAGCCAUGUGGGCUGCGGGGGCGGCGAUCGGGCCCCGAGUUCGCCCAGCAGCGGCUCGGAGGAGAACGGAUUCGUCCACCGGCCGCGGGUCGCCGGGCUCUACGCGAACUUGAGCAGAGAGGAGCUGGACCGAGUCUCCGAGGAGGGGAUAUACGGGCCGAACGGGGACCCAAACGAGCGGCGAGAGGCCUCGGGGAGCCAACGCAGCCUGAACCUCCCCUCGAUUGGAACUGGGGGCCACCCCCGGCCCCAAAGGAUAUCGCGGACCCCGCAGCCGCCGCGAAGAUCGGCUGGGGGGGGAGGCAGGCGUUCGGAAAAACCGCGGAGAUCGUCGCCCGGGGGCCCAGGACGUGCGGGGCCUUCUGAGGGAGGGGCCUCACUGACCUCGCUGACGUCACCAAGGCCGCACCGCGCGGAAACGGGGUCCGCGUCCCAUCGCCCGACGGAUUUCGGCUCCGCGGAUAGCGUCGCGCACCAGUUUUACCGGCAGAGCGCAGCUGGGACCGCGCGAGAGUCACCCCCUUCCUACGGGGGCCUCAGUCCCCGCGAUCACGAGAUCGGCGACACGCUAUCGCCGUUGUUUCCGAGGUGCAGCGCACGGCCCUAUGCCACUGCGAUCGGUGCUCCGUACCCCGAGGAUUUGGGGCCCCGUUUUGCCGCCUACGAUCCCAGGGAGACGGGGCCCGCCGAAAGGGACGAGCGCUUUCUCAGCCCUCCGGAAACCGCGCCGUCUUGCGGAAACGGCGAGAAGAACGUCGCCGAGGGUACGUCGUCGGCAGAGGAAACCUCGCCCCGGAGGAAAUUGGAUCCGAAACCGCAGGACGGAACCCGGUUGCGACCCCCUCUCGCCGGCAUCGCCGGGACCUCGGCAGAUUCGGGAACCGGGGAUUCGGGGAGCGCGGAGAUCCAGACUGAGGUUGUCGGAUCGCCUGCACAGCCGGUAACAAGUUUGUCGGACAAUUUGAGUGCGCGAAAUGUCAACGCGGAGAAAAAGUCACCCUGCGGUGGUAACAGCAAGGGCACCGGAAAUGCCGGGAAACAGACUGUCAAACCGUUUACAAAGGAGAGUUUGGACCGGUUGGAAAAUCGGACUGUUCAACUUGUUCGCGAGUACGGAUUUCAGCCACGCAGGAAAACGUCCGUUGAAGAUGGCGCUGUGCUUCCACACAAGUUCGAACCCUUUCCAGCCGAUCUCUACGGUCGACCCUUGGAGGAAAUUGACAAUUUCAUUUACGACGAGACCUUCUGCGUGGUGUCGAAAAGGUUUCGCAAGAAUUACAUUCACAGGUUCACGGCGACGAACAGUUGGUUCUUCUUCUCGCCUUGGAAUUCUGUGAGACGGUGUUGUAUCUUCCUGAGUACGAACCAGUACUUCGACUACUUUGUCAUGACCACAAUUCUACUAAACUGCUGGUUCCUGGCCAAGACUGAAACCGUCGAAGAAGCCGAGUAUAUCUUCUUGGCGAUUUAUACGGCGGAAAUGGUGAUAAAAUCUAUCGCCAAGGGGUUCAUAUUGAACAAAUAUACCUACCUGAGGAAUCCUUGGAACUGGCUGGAUUUUUUAGUGAUAACCAGCGGCUACGCGACGAUCGGUAUGGAGGUGGGGAACCUGGCGGGAUUGAGGACCUUCAGGGUGCUCAGGGCGUUGAAGACGGUCUCCAUAAUGCCUGGUUUGAAGACAAUCAUAAACGCGCUGCUGCACAGCUUCAAGCAGCUGGCGGAGGUCAUGACGUUGACGAUAUUUUGUUUAAUGGUCUUCGCCCUUUUUGCCCUCCAAGUUUACAUGGGCGAAUUGAGAAACAAGUGCGUCAGGCAGCAGGAUCCGAACGAUACCCAAGUGGACUGGUACGAGUGGAACUGGAACUCGUCCAAUUGGGCCUUCAAUGAAGCCGAAGAGCCCAUCAUUUGCGGCAACGUAACUGGCGCCAGACACUGCAACGAGAGCUACACGUGCCUGUGCGUCGGCCCAAAUCCUAAUCAUGGAUACACGAAUUUUGACAACUUUCUGUGGUCGAUGCUCACCACCUUUCAACUGAUAACUCUCGACUACUGGGAGGAUGUCUAUAACAAGGUAUUGUCGGCGUGCGGACCUAUCAGCGUCUCGUUCUUCACGGUGGUCGUGUUCUUCGGUUCGUUUUACCUCAUCAACCUGAUGCUUGCCGUCGUGGCGUUGAGCUACGAAGAGGAGGCCGAAAUCACGAACGAGGAACGGAGAAAGGAUCUUACCGACCACCGUGAGGACUCGACGUUUAGUUUCGACCCGACAAAGAUCAACAUCAAGACCCUCACGAAGGAUAAACAGAAGAAAAUUGACGCACGAAAAGGUGUUCUGUUGAGCAGCUACACGAGGAAGAAAACGCGGAGAAGAAAACGCGGCCGGAGUUCAGCUGGUCAGGAAAAAAACGGCGGCACCCGUAGCAGGUCAGUGACACCGAGCCCGAGUCCGAGUCCUCGGCACUCGAGUGUUCGUCCGUCUCAUCUCCCGCUGCAGGUCGUCGCCGCGUCGCGAGCCGUGGACCCUGGAAUAGUCCAUCGGCUCGCGCCGCAUCGAGGAAUGUUGCAUUCGCGACAAGCGAGCAGCAACAGCAACCAGCAGUCGUCGCUGGACGACUCCGGGGUCGUCGACGACCACGAGGGCGAUCACGACGGCGACGACGUCACUUCCGCCGAGGAACACGAGCGCAGGGAGCAUCGGGGUGACCGGCAGGAACGCCUCGCCCUCGAACAUCGUCGCCUGGAGGUCAACGAGAAGCAGGAGAGGCCGACGUCGGCUGCUCCUCCCGUCACCGUCGCCGUCAGAACGACGAACCGGGAAAUUCGGGUUCUAAAGUGCAACGGGAUCAAAACGAAGAAACACAACAUGUACACUCUGCCCCCGGAUUACUUGUCGCAUAUCGUAGUUUUAGAUGAUCUUCCAGAUAGAAAUUGCGACAAGUGUAUCCAGUGCUGUGUCGACUACGACGGAUGGCUCAGGUUUCAGAAUUGCCUUUAUAAGGUGGUGAGAGACCCGCUGUUUGAGCUGACCAUCACGUUGUGCAUCGUUUUGAACACCGGAUUCCUAGCAAUGGAGCACCACGGCAUGAGCGAGAGCAUCCGGCAGGCGUUGAACAUCGGCAACAAGGUGUUUACCAGCAUAUUCACGUUCGAGUGUUUCCUCAAGCUGCUUGCUCUCAGCAAGGAUUUCUUCAGCAACGGUUGGAACAUAUUCGACCUGAUAAUCGUCUCGGCCUCUUUAAUCGAUCUGACCUUCGAGCUAGUCGACGGACUCUCUGUGAUAAGGGGACUCCGGUUGCUGAGAGUACUCAAGCUCGCGCAGUCUUGGACGACGAUGAAAGUGCUUUUGAGUAUCAUCAUAUCUAGCAUCGAAGCCUUGGGUAACCUGACCUUAGUGCUCGUCAUCGUGAUAUACAUAUUCGCGGUGAUCGGCAUGCAGCUCUUCAGCAAGGACUACACCCUGGACAAGUUUUACCCCGACCCAGUGCCGCGGUGGAAUUUCAACGACUUUUUUCACUCGUUCAUGAUGAUAUUCAGGAUACUGUGCGGGGAGUGGAUCGAACCCCUCUGGGACUGCAUGAGGGCGGAAAAGGACGAGGGAUCCGAAAUCUGCUUCGCGAUAUUCCUCCCGGCGUUAGUGAUGGGCAAUUUCAUGGUCCUCAAUCUCUUCUUAGCGUUGUUGCUCAACAGUUUUAACUCCGAGGAGCUGAAGCAGAAGAAACAAGAAGUCGGGGAGGACUCGAAACUCGCCAGGUCGUUUGAUCGCAUAAGAUCAAUCGUUAGGAAGAAGAAAUACCGCAGAGAGAAUUCCGAGAAUGAAAAGAAUACCAGACUCGAGCAAAUCGUUCGGGAGGUAAUGGAUAAAUCUGACAAGGAAAAGUACGCGAUACAGGAGACGGUGCUCAGCCUGCCAAAGGAAAACAUCUACAACCGAUCCUACCAGGAAAGCCUUAACCAGCCGGUAUUCACCUACGACCCCCUCUACCGUCAAGCAACGGUAACGACCUACAGUCAGAGCAGCCAGGAGACCGUCAGAGAGAAUAAAAAAAUUGAAGAAACAGCGAAUCCCGAGGAAAGCAUCGAGCUCGAAGUCCUGAAGGACUCGACUAAACCUGACGAGGAAGUCGCCAUGCUGCCCGAGAAGGAACCCAUCAGAAUGGACGAUCCACCGGAGAAAAGGCCCUGGCACGCUCUCGUCAGCUACGUUGACGAAUUGACGGUCGGGGGAAGGAGGGACAGCAAGGGAAGGUACAUCGACGGAAUGGGAUCCUUUCCCGGCUUUGGAAGAAACAAACAGCCAAAAACACCGCAGGAUUGUUUUCCCCAGCACUGUUAUCAGAAAUGUUCCUGUAUCGAUCGUUGCAUCGCGACGGACCUUGGCAGAAAAUGGGUCAAAGUUCGUACCGCAGUUUUGUCGGUGGUCGACACUCCGGCGUUCGAAUGGAUGGUCCUAGUUCUCAUAUUCGCAUCUUCCAUAACGCUCUGCUUCGAGGAUAUAUACCUUGACGAUAAUCCCUUUUUGAAAAAGAUACUUUACUGGACAAAUUUGGGAUUCUGCGCUCUGUUCAGUAUAGAGAUGCUCCUGAAGUGGCUCGCCCUUGGAUUUUGUAAAUACUUCACAAGCUUCUGGACAAUAUUGGAUUUCAUCAUCGUUUUCGUGUCCAUCUUUAGCCUUUUGAUAGAGGAGAAUGAGAAUCUGAAAGUGCUGCGCUCGCUGAGGACUCUCAGGGCACUCAGGCCGCUGAGAGCAAUCUCAAGAUGGCAAGGCAUGAGGAUCGUAGUGAACGCGUUGAUGUACGCCAUACCUAGUAUUUUCAACGUGCUCCUCGUCUGUCUCGUGUUCUGGCUCAUUUUCUCCAUAAUGGGGGUGCAAUUUUUCGGCGGUAAAUUCUUCAAGUGCAUCGACGAUAACGGAGAACUGCUGCAGAAUUUAUCGUUAGUAAAUACGAAACAAGACUGCCUCAAUCUUAACUAUUCAUGGGAGAAUAGUAAGAUCACAUUCGACCACGUGGGAAUCGCCUACUUGGCUCUCUUUCAAGUCGCGACCUUCGAAGGGUGGAUGGAAGUUAUGGAAGACGCGGUUGACGCCCGAGGCGUCGAUCUCCAGCCUCAGAGGGAGGCCAAUUUGUGGGCGUAUAUUUAUUUUGUCAUUUUUAUCGUAUGCGGUUCGUUCUUCACGCUCAAUCUGUUCAUCGGAGUUAUUAUAGACAACUUCAACAUGCUCAAAAAGAAGUACGAAGGUGGAGUGCUAGAAAUGUUUCUGACCGAGAGUCAGAAGCACUACUACACUGCCAUGAAAAAGCUCGGCCGCAAAAAGCCGCAGAAAGUGAUUAAGCGACCGAUGAAUCAAUUUCUCGCCAUGUUCUACGACCUGUCCAACUCUAGAAGAUUUGAAAUAGCAAUUUUCGUACUGAUAUUUCUGAAUAUGCUGACGAUGGGAAUCGAGCACUACAGCCAACCGCACGCCGUCUUUUUCGUCCUCGAAGUAUCGAACGCAUUUUUCACAACAGUCUUCGGGCUCGAAGCUAUCGUUAAGAUAAUCGGGCUUCGAUAUCAUUAUUUCACGGUACCCUGGAAUUUGUUUGACUUUUUGUUAGUGUUGGCCUCGAUUCUCGGCAUUCUAAUGGAAGAUAUCAUGAUGGACUUUCCCGUGUCCCCGACGCUCCUGCGAGUCGUGAGGGUGUUCAGAAUCGGAAGGAUCUUAAGGCUCAUUAAAGCUGCCAAGGGAAUAAGAAAGCUACUUUUCGCGUUGGUCGUCAGUUUGCCGGCGUUGUUCAACAUCGGCGCCCUUCUGGCCCUGAUCACGUUCAUAUACGCGAUCAUCGGCAUGUCCGUUUUCGGUCACGUAAGGAAACAGGGCGCUCUUGAUGACAUGGUAAAUUUCGAGACUUUUGGACGAAGCAUGCAGCUGCUGUUUCGACUGAUGACUUCGGCUGGAUGGAAUGACGUCCUCGAGUCUCUGAUGGUCCAACCACCAGACUGCGAUCCAACGCCUAAUAGCCGGCAGUCAAACGGCGACUGCGGUUAUCCCCUCCUGGCGAUAACGUAUUUCACCUCGUUCAUCAUCAUUAGUUACAUGAUCGUGAUAAACAUGUACAUCGCGAUAAUACUUGAGAAUUUCAAUCAAGCGCAUCAGGAGGAGGAAAUCGGGAUAGUCGAGGAUGACUUGGAGAUGUUUUACAUCAGGUGGUCAAAGUACGACCCUCACGCGACCCAGUUCAUCCGGUUCUCGCAGCUGAGCGAUUUUAUCGCGAGUCUUGACCCGCCGCUGGGAAUAUCAAAGCCCAACGUUGUUGCGUUGGUAAGCUUUAAUCUUCCCAUUGCGAAGGGUAACAAGAUCCAUUGUCUGGACAUCCUACAUGCUCUCGUCAAGCACGUUCUUGGACACGUUGAGGAAUCUGAGGAUUUCAGAAAACUACAGGAGCAGAUGGACGUCAAGUUCAAAAAACAGUUCCCGACGAGAAAGGAACUCGAGAUUGUGUCUUCCACCAGGAUUUGGAAGCGCCAAGACAAGGCGGCCAGGCUGAUACAGAACACAUUCCGGGAAUACGUUAGGAUGAAGAAGGAGCGAGAGCGCAUCGCCCACGAGGUCGACUCGCAGACCCAAACCUCGAGUCCGGGUGGCGGAGGCAGCGAAGGUAGGGGCGGGGGUGGAUGGGGUGGGAAGCUGUCGGCCCUGCUGCACGUGCACCGGGGCAGCCGGGCCAGCAGCCGCAAGUCCUCUCGGGCCAGCGACGCCAGCGAUCUCAGCGAACUCGGGACCGCCUCUGCCUGGUUAUUCCCGAACUUACCGCUGCUGCUACUCUCCGGCGCCGCCGGAACCCACGACGACCUGCAGCCCCCUGCCCUGACCGUGUCCCGCCCCUCGCCCACCACCGAGCAGCCCUCGGCAGCCUCCAGCUCGGGAUCCGACUCCCACGUCACCGUCAGAUCGUCAGGCGCGACGUUAGGGCGUCAGGACGCCGUCGAGUCCUACGCCGACGAAGAUGUCCUGAGUCCGCCGACGUCGAAACGCGGCUCCUUACGUCCAAGUGGAACGGCUCUUUCCUUGAACAUGCUUCAGCGGGACAUCAAGGAGGCGUUCAACAGGCGCUGCGGGAGCCUGAGGCGACGUCCGGUUCCGGAACCGGUUCCGCUCCCGAUCGCCGACGGAAGUGACGUGAGCAUCCUGGUGACCGAACCCAGCCCGGAAAGCACCGCCCCGCCGAGUAGGCCACCUCUUCUUCGUCAGCAGUCCGAGGCGACGGUCGUCCACGUCCUGGUCCACAGAGAGAGCGAGGAGUAUCACGUUUCCGGUGACGAUAGCUGAUCCCUGCAUAAUGCGGAAGACGCGGUCACCCGCCCGGAUUCUGAAGAGGAAAUUUAUCAAGACUUGAAUCGUUGAUAGAGUUAUAUUAUAUAUAGGCGAUCGGUUUUUCUCAAAUUUCUAGCUUACAGUUGACUUUCAACAUCUUAGAGAAGAACAAGAAGAUAGAAAGAAAUUGUCGUAUACACGCUGUGCAAUGCGAUAGUCUCUUGAAACGAAUUUCGUUUUUGUAUGGGGCAUGUU